AUGGCAAAGGAUAAGGACUUUGGUGGCUUCAAGCUCACCCCAGCCGACUACUGCUUUCCCAUGUUCUACGCGGGAUGUACAAUCUCUUUCCGUUUACAAUGUCCAGAGAGCGGAGUCACGGUUCUGCGAGAAGCAAUCGAUCGACUCGCAUCGCAUCUCCCCUUUCUGAAAGGGGCGGUGGUGCCUUCGGUGGACUCAGUCGGGGUGAUGGAAGUGCGUUCUAAUGCCCACGAUGACCUGGCAUCUGACACAGAAUCACCUCUCUGCAUCGUCAGGCGGUUCCUACAUCUUCGUCUGCCAACAGAGACAUAUUCCUCGCGCCAGAAGAAUGUGGAAACCUAUGAUCGCAACGCAGCGCUCGCCAUGGCUCCUGUGCACGUUGCUGCAUCCGCUGCAUACCACCCUGUCAUACGUUUCCAAAUCAAUGUUCUGGCGGACGGGAUCAUCCUCGCCCUAUUUGUCAAUCAUAUGGUGAUUGAUGGCACGGGGAUCGGCACUCUGCUCGAAUCAAUAGCGGCUUGCUGCCGUUCAGCCCCCGACCUUGCGAGUAACCCUGCAUGUGAGGUCACUACACGCGCAUUGUUUGCUACCCUUCAACAAGAGCCUUGCAAGCUGUCAGAACCGAGCACCUCAGCUGAGAUCGCCGCGCCAACCGGGCACGACGAGGUACAUGAUGCGUCCUUGCUUGACUACAAUUUUCUUCUGUCGGCUGAAAAAAUCAAAGCCCUGCGCCAAUGGGUCCUGCAGGCGGAUCUUGAGCCAGGUCAGCCCCCUGUAUCCGAAGAUGAUAUCCUCACCGCCGUCCUCUGGAUCUGUCUGGGUCGCUUUCGGUCUCACCCGUUGGCUGAAGGAGGGUCAUCUCAUGCCUGCGUACUCCAGCGGGUCGUCAAUGCCCGGCACCGCUUGCGCCCGCAGGUACCGGCUCACUAUCUGGGAAAUUGUUUCGUCAUGCUCAAUGAAACCUUACCGACUACAGAUCUGGACCUCGAGGCAUGCCAAGGCAAGACUGAAGCAGAGCAACUUGGCAGGCAGAUCGCCCCUGCGGCCCGUCUAUUGCGGAAAAGGCUUACCGAAGUCGACGAUCGUUUUGUGAAAGAUUACCUUUCCCAAUUCUCUAGGGCCGAUGACUGGGCCAGCACCUCAGUCCACGAACCCAAUGUGGCAGUGACAAGCAUCCGUCGGCUCCGGGUCUACGAAGAAGAUUUUGGGCCGGUUCUUGGCAAGGUGGUUGAAUUUGAGAUGCUGCCGUACAUGAAUCCCGAGGGUGUUUGUACGAUCAAGCCACGCCGACAUGAUCAGCAUGCCUGGGAAGUCGGUGUGACGCUGAGCCGUGAGGAUAUGGACCGUCUGGGGAGUGAUGCAAGACUCCGUUGGCUGGUGGAAAGGGAGUCCCCGUUGCGCAUUUUUGAGUCUGUGCUGUAG